GUCAUUGCUGUCGCAUUGAAGGAAAACAACAGAACGGGAAUAAAAAACCCGGCGCAUACUGCUCAUCGCAAUGCUUCCAGAAUCUAGCACGAGGCAAUUGUAUAUAGGAGCAACCCUCUGUGCUCUGAGUCAACUCCAGCAGAAUACAGACACAGCCAUCAGGAGCUCUUCCUCUUCGCUGCGCCUGCGCUCCGUCUCUUGCGCUGUCGUAACCUCCAUCCAUGGCGCCGGGCGGGGAGGAUGGCGGCGGGGGCAGGCUGGAGAGCAUCCUGACGGACUCUUCUUUGCCCCUGGGAGAGCGCGCGUGGGCGGCGACGAGGGUGGAGCUCGGGACGCUGGCGCGGCUGGUGGCGCCGGCGGUGGUGAUGUACAUGAUCAACUACCUCAUGUCCAUGUCCACGCAGAUCUUCUCCGGCCACCUCGGCAACCUCGAGCUCGCCGCCGCCUCGCUCGGCAACACCGGCAUCCAGAUGUUCGCCUACGGCCUCAUGCUGGGCAUGGGUAGUGCAGUGGAGACUCUCUGCGGACAAGCCUACGGCGCACAAAAGUAUGACAUGCUCGGAGUUUACUUGCAACGCUCUGCCGUGCUCCUCAGCUGCACCGGCAUACCGCUUGCGGUGAUCUACGCCUUCUCUGAACCAAUCCUCCUGUUCCUGGGACAGUCACUAGAGAUUGCCCGUGCCGCGUCGAUUUUUGUAUAUGGCCUGAUACCCCAGAUCUUUGCCUACGCUAUCAACUUCCCAAUCCAGAAGUUCAUGCAGGCGCAGAGCAUUGUCCUGCCGAGCUCUUACAUUUCAACGGCAACGCUCGCGCUGCACGUGUUGCUGAGCUGGGUUGUCGUCUACAAGGUUGGGCUGGGGCUGCUUGGUGCCUCGCUGGUGCUGAGCCUGAGCUGGUGGAUCAUCGUCGCGGCGCAGUUUGCUUACAUUGUCAUGAGCCCGACUUGCCGGCAUACAUGGACGGGGUUCAGUUCGCAGGCGUUCUCUGGGCUGUGGGAUUUCCUUAAGCUCUCAGCAGCAUCUGCAGUGAUGCUGUGCCUUGAGGCAUGGUAUUUUCAAAUCCUUGUCCUCAUUGCCGGCUUGCUCCCCAACCCUGAGCUUUCCUUGGAUGCUCUCUCUAUAUGUAUGACAAUUUCUGGCUGGGUGUUCAUGAUUUCAGUAGGAUUCAAUGCCGCUGCAAGCGUAAGAGUGAGCAAUGAGAUUGGUGCGGGCAACCCGAAGUCAGCAUUUUUCUCAGUUUGGGUCGUGACCGCGCUCUGUGCAAUUAUUUCUGUAAUCUUUGCAAUUGCGAUCCUCUGCCUUCGCAACUACAUCAGCUACUUGUUCACGGAGGGGGAAAUAGUCUCAAAUGCUGUGGCGGAUCUCUGCCCGCUGCUUGCCACCACGCUCAUUCUCAAUGGCAUUCAACCUGUUCUGACAGGUGUUGCCGUUGGAUGUGGAUGGCAACAGUUUGUUGCUUAUGUGAACAUUGGCUGUUACUACGUCGUAGGUGUUCCCCUUGGUCUCGUUCUCGGUUUUGUCUUCAAGCUUGGCGUAAAGGGCAUUUGGGGUGGCAUGAUCGGAGGGACGGUAAUGCAGACUGUGAUUCUGCUAUGGGUCACCAUCAGAACUGAUUGGAACAAAGAGGUGGAAGAAGCACAGAAAAGAUUGAGCAAGUGGGAGGGUUCAAAGGAGCCCCUUCUUGCAGGUGACAGGAACGACAACUAAUCAAAUGGACCAAUCUACAUGUAUUUCCAAUUCAACGAUCCAGAGUCACUAGCGCUGGCAUUGAGAUGCUCCAGCAGUGGUGCACUGGGAGGGAACGAUUUUAGGUGUCUUGACUCUUAAAUUCUUGAGUUGAUAAACUAUCAUGAAGUGCUUACCAGACUUCAGACCUGCUUUACAUCAAUAACAUCAGGUGAUGAGCAUUUUUUUUCCGUGAAAACAAAAAUGUUCAUGGGCAAGAGUGUACUCAAACAGUGCGAAUUUUGCAAAUGAAUGAUUAGAAGAUUUAGAACCAGAAGUUCAGAACUGAGCUUCUAUCAUUCUUGAUUUAACAAGGUAUCAAGAUAAGUUC